AUGCGUUCGAGGGGUGGGCAGCCGGAAGAACGGAGGGACGCGUGUGGAAGCUGUCAAUCGCUUGUCUCGGCCUUUUAUAACGUUCAUCUCGUGUUGCCUUGCUCCAGAAGCGACUGUUUUAUUAGGUUAUUGACACUUUUUGAAGGGUUUUUGUUGAAAAUUUGAGAAUUUUGACUUUUUUGAUGAAGAGAGCCCAGUUUUUUCUGUUUUCUGACUCUUACGAUGAUCUCUUCACUUCCAUUUUUGUAUUUAAAAUGAAAUUUGUAACAUUUAUCGUCAAAAAAUGGACCUAAUAAAAUAAUUUCAAGCCUAGAAAUGCGAAAAGUAGCAUCGAAUAGCUUGUCUCGGCCUUUUAUAACGUUCAUUUCGUGUUGCCUUGCUCCAGAAGCGAUAGUUUUAUUAGGUUAUUGACACUUUUUCGAAGGGUUUUUGUUGAAAAUUUGAGAAUUUCGACUUUUUUAAUGAAGAGAGCCCAGUUUUUACUGUUUUUUGACUCUUUCUAAGAUCUCUACACUAUCAUUUUUUUAUAUUCAAAAUGAAAUUUGUAACAUUUAUCGUCAAAAAAAUGGACCUAAUAAAAUAAUUCCAAGCCUUUAAACUCUUGCUUCAGCCCAUGUUCCAUUGCCUUAACAAGUUUUCCAUAUAUUUCCGGUCCAAAAAUUGGAAGAAAACGGUUGAAAAACGAAUUUUUCGCUUCUCUAGUGGUUUUUGACACUUUUUAGCUUUUAAAAUACAAGUUUUGACAUAUAUUAUCCCAAAAAUGAACCUGAUAAGAUUUUUAAAAAGCUUUCAAGCCUAAAAAAUUGAAUUAUAGCUUUAAAACGCCUUUUUUAGGCCUUUUAUAACGUUCAUCUCGUGUUGCCUUGCUCCAUAAGCGACUGUUUUAUUAGGUUAUUGACACUUUUUGAAGGGUUUUUGUUGAAAAUUUGAGAAUAGAGCCCAGUUUUUCCUACUGUAUGUUUUUUAGGAUCACUUUACAUACAUUUUUCAUUUUUCAAGAGAAAAUUUUAACAUUUUUAGUACCAAAAUGGACCUAAUAAGAUAAUAAAAAUCUUUCAAGCUUAAAAAUGCGAUUAGUAGCUUUUUUGUCGAAAAAUGGAAAUGUCAACUUUUAUAGAUCAAAAAAGAAACUCGUUUUCCCUUACCUGAGCCUUUUUUUGUUUUUAUUAAGAUCGGUUUUUUUCUCCAAGUUUACAUACAAAUAUAGAAUAAAUAUUCGAUAUGGGUUUUGAAAAAAACCCACUUUUUCGCUUCUCCAGUUGUUAUAGACACUUUUUUGCAUUUUGAGCGAAAGUUGCAAUAUUUUAGAACACACAUAUUGGUCUGAUAAUGUUAUAAAAUUAUUUUAAAAGGUAAAUAAUCUUUAAGGAAGCUUUGAAUAGCUUAUCUAACGCUUUUAUAACAGUCCUUUCGCGUUGCCCUAUUCCAGAAGAGACGGUUUUUUGACCUUUUUUUUGGUUUUUUGAAGGAAAGUAGUGAAUGAAAGGCGAAUUAUAUAUUUUUCGAAGAUUUCUGUCGAUUUUUCAAACAUUUCUGACAUUUACUUUGAGAAUGUUUCAGUUUAUGAAUUUUGGAACUGUGAUUGAGACUUGAUUCAUUUAAAAUUCGUUUGUUUGAGAUUUAGUGAAAAAUAUGGAAAAUUUGAGUAUUUUUCCUGCUCCAGAGACAAGUUCAUUAGGUUCUUAACAUUUUAUGGAACUUUAAUAGUUUUUUUUUAUUUGAGGAUUUCAUUUUUCUUAUUCCUUUUUGACAAAAAUGUUGUUUAUUUUUAAAUUUAUUCCAUUUUCUCUAAUCAGAAUCCUCUUCGCUUGUACUUUCAGAAAGUGGGUAUUUGAAAAAUGGAAGUUUACUGGAUUUAUAACUCGAAAAAAGGGCUGUAAAAGGUUGUCUGGGCCUUUUACAACGUCUUACUCGCUCCAGAGACAAUUUUUGAGGUUCUUAAAAUUUUUCGAUUUUUCAUGGUUUCUUUUCGUUUGAAUUCAAACUUCUAGUCAUUAUUAUGUUAUUUUCCUUGUAAAAUGAUUUUUAAUUGAAAGAUUGUUAUUUUGUUAUUGCGAAAAUGCAAAAAUAUGUAAAUCUGAAGGAUUAUUCACUUUAUUUUCCCAUUUGCCUCUUUUUUCUCUUUCUUUGUUCGGAAUUCCCGUUUAUAAACCCGUUCGUUUAUGAUUUUUCACAAGUUGAUUCAUUAUUCUAAAAGUCAAUUUUUUUCAGAUUAGACCGUACUAAUUUGGAAAAGAUGUUGUAACGGCUCUUCGAGCAGAUUUAUGGACACUUAUUAUCGAAAAACCCAGACGACUUUCUUUUUUGGGCCAUUUUUUAAAAGUUCGAGGUUUGUUGAUUGGUUUUUUGGUUGAAAUGUGUCAUUAUUGAACUAAAUUUGAAAAAGAAACAUAAUUUUAACGUUUUUUUCAAAAGAUAUCUAAAAGUAAAUUCUAGAAAUUUCCAAGAUUUUUACACGAAGAAAAAGGCUUCUUUCUCACGACAAUUAAUAGAUUAAUUAGUGAAGUUUUUCUCAGGAACCAAUUAAGCAUUUGUCGAUUUAGCAGUAACAGAAAUUUUAUAUUCAAAAUAGAUAUGACUUUCAGAAGAAAAAUCGUGGAAAUCAAUAUUAUUUGUGAUUUCAAUAUUUGCCCUUUUUCCGACAGUCAGUUGAAGCUGCCGAAGAUUUUGAUAAUGAGGUUGGUUUAUUUAUUUUUUUGUUGUGGUUGAUUUUUUUCCUCUUUUCUUUCUUUUUGUUCUUGAUUUUUUUCCGGUUUUUUUAUCCUGAAGUUUGUACUAUGAAAUUUUUGAAGUAAGGUUUUAUCAGCGAAAAAUUGAAAAAUCAUGCUAAUUUUUUUUAGCUUUUUCUAAUCUCGAAUCUCUUAAAACCUGACCCUUUUUUCAUUCAUUUUUUCAGAGAUCCGAAAAAAAAUCUGUCACAAGUUAUUAAGUUAUUCGAAAGUUAGAGAGCGUUAAAAAUGGGAGGGUGGACAUUUUUUUCUCUGAUAGCUCUCUCGUUUACCAGUGCUCUCUAACUUUUGAAAAUUCAGACCUAUACACACAGAGUUUCUGACAAAUUUUAGAAUAUUGAAAAUUAUUAUCCUUUGAUCGAGUUAUAGCCCAUUCCGCGAAAAAUUGUUUCUAUCUUUAUUUUCCUCCGAGUUACAGAGCCCUUUUAUGAAUCUUCGUUUCGAUGCGCUUAACAUGGAUCUCUGCAUGCGCCUUUAAUAUAACAAAAGUUUUGGGCCGAAUCAAAGGCAGGUUAUUAAAGGCGCAUGCGAAACAAAGAGGCAGAUAAAACACACUGAAGCGAAGUUCGUCCUGAAAUUCAGGGUGGGGGGUUAAUGAAAACGGUGACAAGCUUUCGCGAAAUCGAUGAAAUAUCAACAUAACAAUGAUAAAUACAGGCGUCGCAAACGCAAUCCUCACUAGCGACGUCGUUCCGGCGCUCGUACGCCAACGAAUGGGCCGUUCGGAUCGCCGGCGGCCAGGCGAAAGACGCCGAUCGCCUCGCUCAGAAGUACGGGUACACUAAUAUGGGCGUUGUGAGUUUCUACUUUUUCUUCUCCUUCUAUCUAGUUUCUUGUAUUUAUCCGCAUUCUGACUUGAGCCAUCGAAAAACGGGUCUCGAAACGAUUUGAAUGGUUGGUGUGGAGCCUAGACAGGCCACGCCCCUUUGGGUUCCAAGAAUAUUCAAAAAAUAGAGAAAAAAAAUGUAUUUUUUGUCGAUUUCACAUUUUUUCAUAAGAAAAACUCUAGAGGGCACUCAGAAAAGUCAAGAGAACUUGAGUGAUCACUUAAGGACUUUCUUUCAAAAAUUACCUUCCUAGGGUGCAUUGAAAAGUUCUUUUGAGGUUUAAGAUUGAAGUUAUUGCUUGAGUGGACCCUUGAGGAUUCCAAGGAGUCACUCAAGGGGUUAAUUUUUUUAAAAUCAGAACCGAAUCGACUUUUGAUGCAUUUUUAUGUUGGAAAACCAGAAAAGAGUCUUUUUUUACAAAUAUCUCUUAAGGGGCCACUUGGUUCAAUAUCUUUUGGGUUUCCAGUAUGUCUUGGCUUCUUCUUAAGUGACCACUUUAGAUUUCAAGAGACCUCCAAUUUUUUUAAAUCAGGAUCGAAUCAAUUUUUACUGCAAAUUCAAGCGGAAAAACAGGAAAAGAGUAUUUUUCAAAAUUUCACUCAAGUGGCCACUUGAUUCUUUCUCUUUUGGGUUUCCUGUAAGUCUUGGCUUCUUCUUAAGUGACCACUUGAGGUUUUUAGAGACCUUCAGUUUUUUUAAUUACAAUUUUUACUACAUUUUUAUGCGGGAAACCAGAAAAAAAGUCUUUUUCGAAAUAACACUCAAGUCGCCACUUCGUUCAGUUCAAGUCAUCUCUUUUGUUCCUCCUUAAGUUAUCACUUGAGAUUUUCGAGUAAUUCCUCUAUUUUUCAUUUCAAAAAGUUUCUGUACAUUUUUCAUUAGAUCGUUGAGUCAAAAAAUGGGCGUGGCCUGCCAAUAGGGAAUAAGUUCGUUGGAGCGAAUUUGAACUGAUAAUUUUCAACUGGAAAAAGCCGUUUAAAAACGAAAAAAUAUUGAUUUUUUUUCCAGAUCAUUCCGGGUGAAGAUUAUUAUUUGUUUCGAAAUCAACAGGGCCGGGCGAGGUCGUCGCGAAAAUCGCGAAGUUUACAGGCCAACCAUUUACAGCACGACGCCGAGGUCUUGCAGUGUCCGAAUGUAUUUAAAAUGCGACCAGUUUUCCAGGUGCUUUGGAUUGAGCAGCAAGUUGUGAAGCGGCGUGUGAAGAGAGGGUACAGGAAGACCAGAAAUACUGAUGUUUGUUGACUUUUUUUUUGGGGUGGAAAAACUUUUACUGAAGAAAGGCAGAGUGGUCCCUAGAGGGGAACUUAAAGGGUCCACUUGAGGGAUCGCCUCAGCUUCUUAGGGCGGGGGACGGCGAUCAUAGGGGCACUUGAAGGUUCCACUUGAGGGAUAAGGGAAGAAAGCUCGUGCUUAGGAACGCCAAUUUGGUCCCUAGAGGGGCGAUCUUAGGGGCACUUGAAGGGUCCACUUGAGGGACCACUUUAGCUUCCCCUAUAGGGGUGCUAAAGCUUGCGGAAGUGGCCCCCUUUGGGAGUCUUAAAGAAGACAAAACCUUGGAGACCACUGUAGGGACCCCUUAAGCUUUAGGAGCCUAGAGGUCAUCCCUAUAGGGACCACCGAUUUUACCCCUCUAGGGAGCACUUUUUUGUAAACUUGAGGGAUAAGGGAAGAAAGCUCCUAUUUAGGUAAGCCAGAGUGGUCCCUAGAGGGGUAAUAAUAGGCGCACUUGGAGGUUCCACUCUCACCUUACCUACUUUUUAUGGGUUACGGAAGCUUGCAAAAGUGGUCCCUUUAGGGGAGUCUUUUCAACUUUCAAAUGAAGCAAAAAACGUGAAGAUCACUAUAGGGACCACUUGAGCUUUAGGGACCUAGAGGGCAUACCCGAAACGUCGUAUAGGGGCUCUAGGAAGCCCUAUUUUGUCCCCUAUAGGGGCUUUUUUCCCUAACCCCUCUAGUGACCACUUUUUGAGAGGAAAACCAUGAAAAGGAUGUUUUUUUUUAACAGAAACUCAUUUCUGGAUCUCCGAUCUUCAAAAAUCAGAUUUUGGAAAAAAUUAUCCUUUUUUUUCCAGAGCAAUCAAAUACUGGAAGAUGAGGGUGCGAUGGUGAGCAAAUCGCGAAACCGGAAACAUCCCGAUCCCAAUGACCCAUUGUGGACCGACAUGUGGUAUUUGGUGAGUUUUGGACCACCUCUGACCUGUCUGCGCCCUCUUUUCUCUCACUGGGAGGAGUCAUAGACUCUAUUAAAAUGAGAGGGUGCAGAGAAAUAAGGACUUUUUAUUUUGACUCGAAAAAUCUAGAAAAAUGUGCAGAAAAUGCCAAAAAAUGGAUAAAUUAAAACAAACGUACUGGAAAGUCUGACCAUAAGUACACGAGAAAAAAAUUUCCCACUAAAAAUUUCAAAAAAAAGUAAUUUUUUUAAAAACUCAUAUAGGAUUUUUUUCUCUGUUGAAAUGUUUAAAAUGAACUUUUUCAAGUUGAAAAAAAUAUACCUCUUAGAAAUAAGUUUCAGCUGGCUCGUAUAAAUACAUCAUUACUCUGUCUUUUCGUUAAAUUCCAAAGAAACUGAGCUUUUCUAACAGGUCUGCGCUCUCUUUUCUCUCACUAAAAGGAGUCAUAGACCCUAUUAAAAUGAGAGAGUGCAGAGAAAUGAGGAAAUUUCAUUUUGGCCUGAAAAUUUUGACAAAAAAAGAAAAUUCGAAAAAAUUCCUUACUCAAGAAUUGAGCUAUUCUGACCUGUCCGUGCCCUCUUCUCUCUCGCCUGCGGGGUUAUAGAAACAUGAAAUAGCAUGGAAAGAUGAGAGGGCUGUCGAGAAACGAGGAGAGUCGCAAAAAACGGACAAUAUCCUAUAUGAGCCUAUCAUCCUCAAACUGAAACAAUCUGACCUCUCUACGCUCUCUUUUCUCUCGCCUGAGAGGCCAUAGAAACAUGAAAUAGCAUGGAAAGAUGAGAGGGCUGUCGAGAAACGAGGAGAGUCGCAAAAAACGGACAAUAUCCUAUAUGAGCCUAUCAUCCUCAAACUGAAACAAUCUGACCUCUCUACGCUCUCUUUUCUCUCGCCUGAGAGGCCAUAGGAACGUGAAAAUAGCAUGGAAACAUGAGAGGGUCGCCGAGAGACAAGGAGAUUUUCAAAAAGCGGACUAUACCCUAUAUGAACCUAUCAUCCGCGAAUCGGAACAAUCUGACCUCUCUGCGCUCUCUUCUCUCUCGCCUUUUAAUAUGAAAAUAGCAGGGAAACGAAGAGAGAUUAGAGAAGCCACAGAUUCCUAAAAGAAUGCAAAAUAAAUGAUUUUUCUCCCUUCAGAAUCGAGCCGACACGACGGGGUUCACGAAAAUGGACCACAAUGUGAAGGAGGCCUGGGACCUCGGAUACACGGGAAAGGGAGUCGUCGUGACGAUUCUGGACGACGGCCUGGAAAGGACUCAUCCCGAUAUUGCUCCUAAUUAUGUAAUUUUUCGAUUUUGAAGCUUCAUAUCAAGAUCUGACAUGAAAAUGUGACAGAAAAAGUUGAAAAAUCCAAAAAAAAAGUUUUUUUUCAAGUUGACGAAUCUUCUUAUAAGUGCUGCGCUUCUGAAAAUCCAGAAGUUUCGAGACUCAGAGCAUUUUGGUCGCAUUUGGAAUGGCUCAGGGCGUCACGCGACUUUAUAAGCUUCGCGCAAGUCGUUUCGAGUCGGACGCGUCUAGAAAAAGCCUCUUCUCUAUUCUGUACCAUGUACAGCCUGUGUACCACGACUUGGAAUUUCAUCAAACGACGUUCCGCUGUGCCGCUGCGCGCCUUUGCGAACAUUGGUCGCGCUUUUAAUUUUUUUUUUUCUUUUUUCAACGUACUCUACUUUCCUGUGCUCCCACAGCAAUAACAAUAAAUUAAAAGCGUGACCUAGAUUCGAAAGACGCUUCGCGAACGCACGCAGCGGAACAGCGGAAUGUCGUUCCGUGAAAUUUCAAGUCGCGGCACACAGACUAUUAUCAUAUAGUCAAUGUUUCCCGACUUGAAAGGCGAGGGAGGCGGGGCAAGGGGCGGGACGCGUAGCGUGUGCGUACGCGGUUCUUGGCGCCAGUUCAAUUCAAUCGCCGCCGACUAUUUAAAAAAAGCUCGGCCACCGCUCUUUUUUCUGUAUUUUUCUUCUAUUUUUUUGAUGCACACAUGAACAUAAUCAAUGAAUAAUUGAAAAACAAGUGAAAAGAGCAAUAAAUAAGCUCUCUGAAUGCUCGCUAGCGGUUGAAUUGAACACGUGCCAAGAACCGCGUACGCACACGCUACGCGUCCCGCCCCUUGCCACGCCUCCCACGCCUUUCAAGUCGGGAAACAUUGACUAUAUGAUUGAUUGGUAUAAAUAAAUAAAAAAUCAUUCCAAAUGCGACCAAGAGCUUUUAUUUUGAGAUAGUCGAGUGGAGUUAACAUUUUUCAAAAAUAUUUGCAGGACCAACGAGCGUCCUACGACGUGAACGACCGGGACGACGAUCCGAUGCCUCGUUAUGAAUAUUCCGAUGAAAAUCGACAUGGAACAAGGUGAUAUUCCAGUUUCAAUGGGCAAUGAAAGACAUCCAUUAAUACUUGUAGUGUUUUGAGUUUGUUUUGACCGACUGAAGGUAUGUCAAGUGAUCAUUAUAGGGAUAAGUGGGAGAAGUUGAAGAGAAAAAAUCAAGACCUUUUUUAGGCUAUUAUAAAGCUUUUACAGCCGUGAAUAUGUGUAGAUUCGGUGCUGGGAAAAGUUGACCAACUGUAAAAAGAACGCUAAGUGAUCACUACAGGGAAACGUGAGAAAAUUUAAAAAUAUAGCCCGUUCACGGCUGGCUUGGGACAGCGAACGGGCGGUUUGAUUUUCGUGGCGGCGGUAGAUCAUGGCGACUAUCCAUGCGCCUUUCAUCAAAGCCCCAUUUUAUGAGUUAUUUUUUUUUUCUCUUAUUGAAAAUCUGAAACCAAUGAAAUGAAUGUAAACAUAAAAUAAACUCAAUAGAAACAGAAAUAAUUCACCAAAUGAGGCUCUUAUUAAAGGCGCAUAUUUGACCGCCAUGAUCUACCAUCGCCGUGAAAGUGAAACCGCCCGUUCGCUGUCCCAAGUCAGUCAUGAACGGGCUAUAAAAACCAUUACAUUCCGUUCAUGUGUUCAUAGGGCACCUGUUGAAAAGUAAAAAAGAACCUUCGUUCUGAGAAAAUUUGACCAGUUGUAAAAGCAUUUUCAAGUGAUCACUAUAGGGAAAUGAUAGGAAAAUUCAAAAAAUCGCAAGCCCUCACAUUUUUAUCAAUGAUAUUUUCUUCUCAGAUGCGCCGGAGAAGUGGCCGCCAUUUUCAACAACAGCCUUUGCAUUGUUGGAAUUGCCUACAAUGCGAAUAUUGGAGGUGAUUUUCGUGAAAAUCGGCUUUAAUUUCUGGAAAAUUGGACUGGGAAGGCUAUAGAAGUUCAAAAAAGCUAGUUUAUAGUGAAAAUUGAUCAAUAAGUCAGAAAUUCCGAUUAAAAAUAGCUCGAAAAUCCACAAAAUCUCGAAAAUUUCAGCUCAAGGACCACUUAAAAUUCAAAUUUUUCAAAUUUUUCACAAUUUUCAGUGUCGAAAACGAAUUUAGAAGUUUUCUGAAUAAAAAUAUCAUUUUUUAGGGAUCCGAAUGCUUGACGGCGAUGUCACGGACGCCGUUGAAGCCGCCUCCGUCGGCCAUAAUUCGGAUUAUAUCGAUAUUUAUAGGUUCUAAUCGAUAUUUUCUCCCCAUUUCAUCAAAUAUUACUGUUUCAGCGCAUCUUGGGGUCCGGAUGACGACGGAAGAACCGUAGAUGGACCGGCUAAAUUGACGAAAAACGCCUUUGAACGAGGAAUUACGACUGGAAGGAAGGGGAAGGUGCUGAAAUAUAUGUGAUUUGAUGAAUAAAAACGCAAAAAAGUCUUAAAAUCAAGGCAGUUUUAAUGUGAAUUCUAACAAGAAUUAUCAAUUUCAGUGCUCACUUAAUUCAUGCAAAAAAACCGAAAAUUUCUAUAUAUUUUUGCGAUUUUAUUCAUAUAUUUCAGUUUAACCUUUUUUUCUGGUGAAAUGAAAAAAAUUUUUCAUUUGAAAUCAAUGAUUUAGACAAUUACAACAAAAAAAUUGAUAAAAUUCGAAAAAGAAUAUUUUUAUCGAUUGGCGAUGAUGACAAACGACGCUCCACUUUACGGUUAGCGUUGGAGCGCAGAUUCACAAAUUUACUGCAUUUUUCGAAAAUAUUUUUUAUUUUCGAUCUUUUUUUCCAUUUUCAAUUUCAUUUAGUUUUUUUUUCAGGGUAGUAUCUUUGUGUGGGCGUCUGGAAAUGGAGGCAAAGAUGCGGAUUCGUGUAAUUGUGACGGGUAUACCAAUAGGUUUGUAGAUUUUUGCGGAAAAUUUAUUAAUGUUAGUUUUUUCUUUUUCGAAUGUUUCUGUAUUUUUUUGUAUAGAAAGUUGUUAAUUUUUUUGUAAAAUCUAAUAGAAAGUACCUAUAAGCAAAAAUUCGAAGGUGUUUUUUUAGAUUUUGAUAGAAGAAAUUGGAUAAUUUCUCGAAGAGGUUUAAUUAUUUUUUUUUUUCGAUAUUUGAGGCAUUCUAAAACAGUCUCAUUAGAUACUGUUGUCUUGAAAUUGUGUUUUGCAGUUUUUUCUAACACUUUUGGACUUUUAAAAAUUAUUUUUUUUCAUGCCGUGUUCAAUUUGAUGCAAAAUACUCGUUAGAGAAAGGAAAAGAUCACUAAAUUUCGGAGAGUCAGAGAUCAUUUUGCAUUUCGCGGAAUCAAAUUGAACACGGCAUUACAAAUUCUGAAGGCUUUUUGCAUAGAAUUUUCUAAAUUCAAUGAUUUUUACCCUUUUCAGCAUCUACACUCUCUCGAUCUCCUCAGCGACGGAAAACGGCAACAUUCCGUGGUACUCCGAGGCGUGCAGCAGCACUCUAGCGACCACUUACUCGAGCGGGGCGACCGGCGAGAAAAUGAUCGUGACGACGGAUCUGCACCACGCCUGCACGAAUAUGCAUACCGGGACCUCGGCCUCGGCUCCCCUGGCCGCUGGAAUUGUUGCCCUCGCCCUGGAGGCCAAUCCCAACCUCACCUGGCGUGAUUUACAGGUGCUCCUUUGGGGAUCUAUACAUUCUUGUCAAUUUUUCUUGAAAAAAAAAUAGAAAAAAAAUUGUGGCCACUAUAGAGGAUCGCCAAGGACUACUUGGAGAAGACACUUAAGUGGCCACUAAACCCACUUCUAUAGUGGACACUAUUUUCCGUUUUAGUGGCCACUUCAGUAUUUUUUCAUCCAGUAUUCCUUCCACUAAUUCUGAUAAUUUUACUACAAACAGAUUGGACCAGUUAUGUUGAUUCAUUGACCCCUAAAGUGGCCACUAAAUUUUUUAGUGGUCUAGUAAGAGCGCUUGGACCUCUAUAUUGGCCACUAAUUUUCAACUCCUUAAGUGGCUAAUAAUUUGACUACUCUAGUGGCCACUAAAACGUCAAAACCCUAUAGUGGCCACUAAAAAUUUUCCCAGUCGGUCACUUUUUAGAAACUCUAUCAUGAUCAAACGGUCGAGAAGAAAUUUUUGGUGAUUUUUAGAUACAUUCAUCUUUAUAGCAUCUACCUAGAGUGAUCUUUUUGAUCUGGUGAUUUUUGAACAAAAGUUUUUUUAGCUCAAAUAUGUCUUACUUUUUUCAUUUGACUAAAUUUAGAGGUCUCAGAGGGUUUUCUCUUGGUUUUUAAGUUUUGAAUUGAAAUUAGGAACCUUCAGAAUAGUCCAGAAUCCAAAUUUCCUGGUAAAAAAAUUUACAUUUCCUGUUAAAAAAAUUUACCGAGUUUAGAAAUCUUGUAGGGGAUUUUUCUAUCAAGAAAUAUAAGUUUUUUUAUUUCAGCACAUCGUGAUCAGAACUGCAAAGCCGAUAAACCUGCGAGCCGGCGAUUGGGUGACGAACGGCGUUGGCCGGAAUGUUUCCCACUCUUUCGGGUUCGUUUUUCUCUCAAUUUUCACUUCCUAAAUAAAAAAUAAUGGGUUAUCAAUUUUUGACUUAGGGAGGGUUCUCAGCUCAUAGUGGGACUUUCGUAUGAGACUAGGCUCACUAGAGGCAGUUUUUCACGUUUGUUCUGAAUUUUUGUUGAAAAGCUGCUCUAGAGGCCUAUGGAAAGAGCUAGGGGCUGUGAAAGUUAUAAAAUUUUGGCGUUUAAGAAAAUUUUUGGAGGGUUUAUAUAGAUCCUGUCCCACUGGUAACAGGAAACCAAUUAUUUCUCAUCUAGGAAGGUUUUUGAGCCUAGGUAUGAUUUUCCAAAGCUAUAGUGAGACUUAUUCCAAUUUACCUUCUGAAAAAAGACUUUUUCUAUCGAUGAUGUUGCAGAUACGGCCUCAUGGACGCCGGCGCGAUGGUCAAAAUGGCGAAAAAUUGGCGCCGAGUCGAUGAGCAGCACCGCUGUCGGCAGUUCUACCCCGCUAGAUUCAAGUCCGUCGAUUCUCAAAAAAUUUGAUAGAAAACUUUUAAAGAGAGUUCAUUUCAAAAAGAGACUGAUUAUUUGAACUAAAAGUCUGUACGUUUUCAGGAAAUGUGAGAAAUAUUAUGAAAAGCUAGAAGUCCAAACGUGUAGUCGAUUCCGUGUAAAAUCUUCACUCGAAGUGGUCGCUCUCAUUCUGAGGCUUCCACCUAGAGCACGGUCUCCGGGCUCCAGCACAAGAUCUGCUACAUUCUGAGCUCGUCAAGGCGCAACUGGAUGGACUACGCGCAGAAGGACGAGGCGAAGGACCGUAAGACCAUGCUUUCAACUCUUUCGACUACACGUUUGGACUUCUAGCUCGCCAAAGGCGGUUGUUCGUUAUAGCUUUUAAAGUUCUUGUUCACCGCCUAGUCGAUUACAUCAGACUAAAACAACAAAAUAAAUGAUUUGAUUGAUUGAUUGAAAAUGAACCAGAUUAUUUAAAAUUGAGUACUGCCCGUCUCAUUUGAUGACCUCCAUUUCUUGAAAAAAGGGCUUACGAAAAUUCACUUUUAAGAACAAGUUUGUUUCAAAAAAGAGGCUGAAAAUCAAAUUUCAUCUUGAAAUUGGAGUAUAACCUUGGUUUUUUUUUUUGCAUUUGUGCAUUUAUCUUAAAACUUUUAUUUUAGUGCUUUCAAAAGUCCCUGUAGCUUUCUACUCCUCGCCUUUUAUUUUUUUCUCAAAUUUCGCUCGACCAACUGUAAUGUUGAGUCAACGUUUGUUUUAUGUGAUGAGAGAGAUGUCUUUUAACAAAAUUUACAAGAAAUUUCACGAAAAACCUCCUUUUGAUCUAUGGAGAUUAAAACAGAGAUUGCCUUUUUCCAGGACGAUUCCCCAUGGAAAUCGGCUCCAACUGCAGCUCUACACUGACGGCUGUUACCUGGGCCGUCAAGGGGAACGUGUGACUUUCGUCGAACACGUCCAGGCCAUCAUUUCCUUAAAGGCGCCGAAGAGAGGCGACAUACAGAUUUUCCUCACUUCUCCUUCGGGUUCGAAUUUGGUUUUAGUACCAUUAGUUCAAGUACUGGUUAAAUUUAAAUUGUCACAAAAUAAUUCCAUUUAGGUACUUUCUUAAAAUUUUCAAAUUUGACUUGAAAGAGGUAUGCCAGAGGAUCUUUCUAUGAGCAAAAAUAAUUAUCUGAUUCAUUCAAGGCGUUCUUUCACCGACGCCCACUUUUUCUCCGUAAAGUGUGGUGUUUCAUGUGCAUGCACCGCGCCGCUUUCGCGCAGAAAAUUGCGUUUUUGUAGAGAUAAUUCAAUUCGUGUCAAAGAUCUCUGGUAAUAUGGCGGCUUGUGCCUUUAAAAAGCUCUGCCAUUCUCAUGACGUCCCGUGGGAGAGUUAGACUCCGCUCACCGUUUUUUUAGUUUCGCAUAUUCUUCCACUAACAAAAACGCGGUGAAAAAUGAAAGAUGUAUAUAAAAAUUAUCAGUUUUGCUCUAAAUAACCUCCAAAUUCCAUCAGUUAUGCAUUUGGAAGAAUCUGACAGCAUCAAAAAAAUCAAUUUUGAGAAAAAGAAGGUCAGAUCCACGUAGUAGACAAUGCUACAGCGGCCGGUCAAUAUUGCGCCGUCAGGGAAAAUCUUUUUAAUAUUUGUUUCUUUCAGCAACUUGUUUCUCGAGGUCACAAGAUCAGUCACAAAAAGUACACAAGAUUUCAUUUUAUUACCAGAAAACCCUAUCUAAGUUUCCGUAUUACGACCGAGUUGUCUUCAAAUUUUUACUCAUUUUCAUCGUCAAGAAAUUUUUCUCAACGUUUUAGCCCUGUUCAGAAAUAAAUAGGAGGGUUAUUUUUCCAGGAACACGGUCGACGCUUCUGACGAAACGAGCCAGAGACACGAGCCGCAGCGGAUUCACGGACUGGGCUUUCAUGACGACCCACAGCUGGGGAGAACAGGCUUCCGGGCUUUGGAUUCUUGAGAUCGACAACGAUGGAUGGGACGGUAGGACUUGUCAUUAUCUUUUUGAGGAGAGCAUUGAAAUACUUUGGUACGAAAUCCGCGUUUCGAAAUCCUUUUUCAAGCGAUAAUUUAUCGAAAUAUUGCCGAAUGACGUCAAGUGGGAAGUUUUGACUCCGCCCACCAGUGUUUUUUAUUUUGCAUUUUUUUUACACUAACAAAAAGCCUGUGAUGAUCUCUUCGGUUUUUGAAUUUCAAGUGACGUCAUUUAAAAACGCUCGGAUUGGUUCAUAGCGCCAUUAGGGGCGGAGCUUGAGCGACUACUUGACUUUCAAACUCUGGAAGAACCUCGAAAAUCCUAAGGAAAGAAAAAAAGUUCGGAUCUUCUUCAUUUUGAAAAAAGAGAAAUGAAAAAAAGCGUUAGUGACCCUAUAGGGGGAGGUAGAGUGUUCCCUAGAGGGGUAGCCUUCAAGGAGCCCUCUAGGGGCCACUCUGGCGUUCCUAAGUAUCCUUUAAUCAGGUCUUGAAAAAAAAAUUUCAUCAAAAUAUGACCCGGGUCCAUAACGAUUCCCUUGUCACAAGAAAAAUAGUGAAAAAGUCGAUUUUUCAGACUCGGAGCUCAUCAAAUGGGAAUUGGUGCUCUACGGCACUGAAACGGAGACCACCGACACCGGCGGACAGCACGCGGCGUCCCUCUCCGCCCGGUCCAUCGACCCCAACAUGAUGAUGGUCUCCUCCAUCUCCUCGUCGUCUGACCUCUCCGUCAUCCCCAUUCUAUUUCUCAUCAUCUUCUUUUUCUCCUGA